AUGUGUGGAAUCCAGUUACAAGUAUGGACAGAGCAAUCGUCGUCUAGAUGGGAAGAUUUCUAUAGAGAACAUGGUUCGAUUUUACGGAAUCGAGGCCCAGACCAUUGCCAAAUGGUAGAUGCAACAAAGCACUUCUACAGUUGUCGUUCUGUCCAGCUUCGAGCAUCGGUAUUGCAAAUGCGGCACGAACUGAUACCUCAACCAGUGCAGAUUAAAGAUGAUAUGUAUCUCUGUUGGAAUGGGGAAAUUUAUGAAUCAAAUUUGCCGUCCAGCCAAGACGAAGAACAGCAUGAGGAGCUCUGGGAGUACGAAACCUCCGACACCUUAAUCGUCAAAGAAGCACUGAAGGUAGCAUUGUUGGAACAAACAAUUGGCGAUGAUAUUGAUGACGGUAGGAAUAUUGGGAACGCAAUUGCACAAGUCAUGUCCAAAUUGCAUAAUGCCGAAUUCGCUUGCUUGAUACUAACGAAAGACAACAUUUACUACUGUCGUGACAAUUGGGGAAGACGGUCGCUUUUGCGUUGGAACUGUCCUGAUGGGAGUGGCUCCUUCCAGAUUGCUUCGACUGCUGAGAUAUCGACUUCUGAUGCUGAGAAUAAAAGCUACAAUCAAGAUGAUAAAGAAGAAAAGGAAGACGGGCAGGAGUGGACUGAAAUACCGCCCGGGGCAGUCUAUCGAAUACAUAUUGGCGGUGAAGAUGGGACGAUGUCAACUUCUGUAAUUCCGUUUUCAUCUUCUUCCUCCCUCUUGUCUCCGCCGUCUUCCAACUCAAUUCUACCAUCAGUAGUUCCACCUACGCCACCGGAUGGAGUCUCGACUGAGUUGUGGCAAGCAUCCUUUGUCCUUGAAGAUUGUUUGAGACAGGCUGUAAAAAUGCGACUUGACCAACACGCCCCCAGUGCCGUGCUCUUUUCAGGUGGCCUCGAUUCGGCAGUGGUGGCUGCCUUGGCCGCUGCUGAACAAACCGCCACGUCCACUGCAGACCAGAAGCAUCAGCAGUUGUAUUUGUACAAUGUCUCCUUUGGGCCUACAUUUGAAAAGAGCAAUGAUCGGAAGGCCGCCUUGGUGACAGCCGGAAUGUUAAAGGACAGAUAUCAAGAUACGAAGGAUAUAUUAUUUCAAGACAUUGUUGUUGAUUGGGAGGACAUUCAAAAGUACGAACCACACAUUCGGACGCUACUCCAACCAAAGAACACCUUGAUGGACGUCAAUAUUGGAAUUGCUCUAUGGUUUGCGAGUCGUGGUAGUGUCGAUGGCGAUGAGAAUGACGUUUAUCCCGAUGGAGAAAAUCGCAUUCGGAGUCCUCGAGCGCUACUCUUGGGUAUGGGAGCCGACGAACAGCUUGGAGGGUAUGGUCGUCAUCGAAAGGCUUUUGACAAAGGCGGAUGGGGACGACUAAAAGAGGAAUUGGACAUGGAUCAGGCCCGUUUUUGGGAACGAAAUCUUGGUCGAGACGAUCGCAUUUGCGCCGAUCAUGGAAAAGAGGCACGAUUUCCGUUCCUGGAUGCCAAUGUGGUGAACUUUUUGAAGGGGUUGCCGCUGGAUCAAAUUUGCGAUUUCUCUUUGCCUCCUGGGGAAGGAGAUAAGCGCAUCCUCCGUCUGGUGGCAGCUCGAUUGGGAUUGGACCACGCCAGUGGUCUGGUCAAACGAGCUAUUCAGUUUGGAAGCCGGAUAUCACAUUUGAGCGAUGCGAAGCGAUUUGGCAGUCGACGGAAGGCCAAAGGAGAAGCAUCCGUCAAAUCAAAAUAG